AUGGCCCAACACGUUCUCAACCAAUUGGAAGAACAUCGAUCACGAUGUCCAUCGAGUUUAAGACCGACCCCCCUAUUUGUUGGAGUUCAAGGUCCACAGGGCAGCGGAAAGACUUUCCUAACUUCCCGCCUCCGUGCCCACCUCUCCAGUCCACCACACGCCCUCACCGUUACCGUGCUUUCUAUUGACGACCUCUAUCUUCCGCACUCUGGGCUCCAAAGUCUUGCGGAAAGCCAUCCCCACAAUAUCCUCUUUCAGGGAAGGGGACAGCCAGGAACACAUGAUGUGCCUCUUGGUACUUCGGUUCUCAAGAACCUCAAAAAGAUCAACGAAGUUGAUGCAGGGACUGUUGACAUCCCUUUCUUCGAUAAGAGCCUAUUUAAUGGAAAGGGAGACCGCGUAUCUCAUGGUGAGACGGUGAAAGGCCCCGUGGACAUAGUUGUGCUGGAGGGAUGGUGUGUGGGAUUUUUCCCUUCAAGUAAAAAGCUCGUCGAAGAAAGAUGGAAAGACCCUGUUCCGACUCUCGAGCCUGAUAUCUUUGACAUGAAAUCCUUCGUGUCCGUGGAUCACGUACUGGCAGUCAAUGAGCGAUUAAAGCAAUACGUGGAGUGGUGGAAUGCACUCGAUGCUUUCAUACAGAUAAAGGGGCCUUCGUCGGCACAGCUGUCUAUCAUAUAUAAAUGGAGAUUACAACAGGAACACAAUAUGAAAGCUAAGAAUGGCGGAAAGGGCAUGACCGAUGAUCAAGUUAAGACCUUCGUAGACCGCUAUAUUCCCGGAUACGUCUUUUUUGGUGACGGAGUGACGAAAGGAUUAUCAGGCGGUGAAGGAACGGAGACAGGGCAACUGCCGUCAUGGAUAGGCAAGGGACUAUCAGUUACGAUUGGUGAUGAUAGAGAGUUUCUGCAUGCAAGUAAUUUUUAG